CGAAGAAAAGGGUGGUUGUCUCCCCAGACAAUGUGCCAACGAUGAAGAAGAUUAAGGUUGAUGCACACGGUGAUGCCUUACACCAUCAGUAUGUAAUGACCAGAUACAAGACAAGAAAACCAAAGAAAAACGAGCUUCUGCCCGACUUCAUUGAAAUAGAUGGCUUCCAUACAUCUCUCGAGAAUUUUCAUGCAUCUCUAAAGCCAAGAGCGGAGAUUGACAAUGAGGUCAUGACCUUAUACCUGAAGACAUUCAACUAUGAUCAGUCAGUGAAGAAGAAGAAGCCAAAAAAAUUUGUUUUCUCAGUGUUGAUGAGUUUGAAACUCAGUGCUGAGCCAGAUGUGUUUGAUCCGAAGGUGUGCGAAAAAGAAUUUAGUGCUUGCUUACAAAAUCACAUUUCAAAAUCUGACCUGCUAUUCUUCAUGGUUGUACACAAAAGGCACUGGGCAGUAGUAGUUGUUAACAUCACCCAAAAGGAGUUCAAUAUCUUUGACUCCAUUAGGAACUCGGAAGACCUUUUUGAGAUGGACAGGAUCACUAAGAAUGUGGUAAUGCUCCUGUUGGAGUUUGGCGCAACAAAUCUUUUCCUUCUUUUUGCUUUUCCACACCGCACACUUAUGCAUUUUGUUUGUCCAUGUUUUAUCGGGUUUGAUCAGGUCGCAAACAUCAAGAGUGUUGCAAUGAGGGAGCCACUUUUUAAGCACAAUCUCGAGUCUUACUCGCUAUUCACCCCACUUGAUUACCCUCAACAAAAAACUUACUAUAACUGUGGCUACUAUAGUAUUUUAUACGUGGAGAAUUGGGAUGGCCUUGUUAUGCUGUCAUUUGGCGAGGAUUACAUCCCAAACCUUCGGAAACGCAUUGCAGCAGAUCUGUUGAGACACCCAAGCAACAAGUUGGACCCUGCGCAUCAGCUGAAGCUGCUUCUUCAGCGUUAGAUGGGUGUUUUCGAGCUUCUGCAACAGGAGGAGUCAUGGCGGCGGUGGCCUAGUACUGCUGACGCGAGUUAUUGUAGCUAGCUAGAGUGUAGUUGGGAGCAUGUUCUUGUCGCCAGCUCGAGUGUAGUUGAGAGCUUGUUCUUCUAGCCAGCUCAACUGAACUUUUUUCACAAUGCAACUCUGAAUGAAGCACAGGAAUGUUUCAGUGUGUGACUGUAUGCAAGGAUUUGUUUUUUGUGAAGCCUAUUCAAGAUUGUUUGUCAGCU